AUGAGCACGACAGUCAUCUGGAUCAGACAUGGCGAGACGGCAGACAACGCUCAGCGCAGGAUCCAGGGCUGGAUCGAUACCCCACUUCACAGCGUCGGCGAAGUUCAAGCUCACAGCACGGCGGAGCACCUCAAGAAUCGCAAGGUAGACGCCAUCUACUCGUCUGAUCUUGUCAGGUGCCGCAAGACUGCAGAGAUCAUCGGUCAGCAUCAUCGGCACCUGCCCAUCCAGAUCUGUCCCGAGAUACGCGAGAGAGGCUUGGGGAAACUCGAGGGCACGAUUUAUGGUCAAGUCCCGAGAGGUGGCCAUGUCGAAGGCGCAGAGCCGUUCGACGUCUUCAUCGCUCGACUACGCUCCUUCUGGUCAAUGCUGUUUGCCACCGACCGAACCGGCCAAACGGUCCUCGUCAUAUCGCACGGAGGACCAAUCAAAGCGAUUAUACCAGACCUGAUAGGAACCUCAGGCUACAGUGCGCCAGCUGAGAUACCAUCGACGCCAUCGAUCGCAAACUGCAGUCUGACGACCAUCUCUGUCGAUCAGUCCGCAAACCCUCCCAAGGGCGCUGUCGUGGCAGUCUCAGACGCGAGCCACCUGCGCGCGCGAGACGUAGCCAACGACGGCGACUUCAAUGCAGACACUGCACUAGAGAUAGUAUCUUGA